CUCUGCCACGAUCGGGGCUACCUGGUGACCCAGGACGAGCUGGACCAGACGCUGGAGGAGUUCAAAGCGCAGUUUGGGGACAAGCCCAGCGAGGGCCGGCCCCGGCGCACGGACCUGACGGUGCUGGUGGCUCACAACGACGAUCCCACCGACCAGAUGUUUGUCUUCUUCCCGGAAGAGCCCAAGGUUGGAAUAAAGACGAUCAAGAUGUACUGCCAGAGGAUGCAGGAGGAGAACAUCACCAGAGCGCUGAUCGUGGUGCAGCAAGGCAUGACCCCCUCGGCAAAGCAGUCCCUGGUAGAUAUGGCUCCUAAAUACAUCCUGGAGCAGUUCCUGCAGCAAGAGCUUCUGAUCAACAUCACAGAACACGAGUUGGUCCCAGAGCACGUCGUCAUGACAAAGGAAGAAGUAACUGAGCUACUGGCCAGAUAUAAACUGAGAGAGAACCAGCUCCCGAGGAUACAGGCCGGGGAUCCUGUGGCCCGGUACUUCGGAAUAAAGCGUGGUCAG